AUGAUUGCAGCACUUAGAGUUCUCGCUUAUGGAGUAGCAGCUGAUUUUAUGGAUGAAUACUUGAGGAUUGGAGAAAGUACCCAAAUGAAGAGUCUAUUUUAUUUUGUCAAAGCGGUGGUUGAAAUUUGUUCCGAUCAAUAUUUAAGGUCACCAAACAACAAUGACAUUGCUAGACUACUAGCAGUUGGCAAAAGUCGUGGCUUUCCUGGAAUGCUGGGAAGCAUUGAUUUUGCAUCAUAUAAUCUUUGGAUAUGGCAUGCAUUUUUUGGGUUAUCCUGGUCUCAUAAUGAUAUCAAUAUACUAGAAAGGUCUACUGCAUUUACUGAGCUUACUCAAGAGUGUGCUCCUCCAGUCAAUUACACCAUCAACGAUAAUGAGUAUAUAAUGGGAUAUUAUCUUGCUGAUGGUUUAUAUCCACCAUGUGCAACAUUUGUGAAAACAAUUCCAUAUCCACAAGGAAACAAGAAAAAACAUUUCGCUAUGGCCCAAAAGGCAUUUAGGAAGAAUGUGGAGCCUGCAUUUGGAGUGCUUCAAGCACAUUUUGCAAUUGUGCGUGGACCUGCACGAUCUUGGAAUCUUGAGUCAAUUAAAGUUGUUAUGAAGGCUUGUAUAAUAUUGCACAAUAUGAUUAUUGAGGAUGAGAGAGAUGACAAUGAAGCACAAGACAUUGAUUUUGAACAAAUCGAUGAAUCCCUUUUGGCACAAGUGUCACAUGAGCGUACAACCGAGCUUAUGGAAUUCAUUCAACAAAAUCACCGCAUCAAAAACAGAGCAAUUCAUUCUCAACUCCAAUCAGAUCUUGUUGAGCACUUGUGGCAACUAUAUAGCCAGUCAUAG